CAGUGUUAAACCUCACCGUUAUACUGUCACAGAUCAGCUGCUACAGAUUACUUUAGUAAGACCAGGGCUGUGUGUGCACUGAAGCUUGCGAUCAUGAUGCGGAGGAUGUUGGUCUUAUUUCUUGUGCUUGCUGUCUGGAGUAACUCCCUGCCGGUGACCAGCUUUUCCCCAGAGGAGCUUCUGAGAGUCACUGUCUACAUCAAUAACAAAUUUGCUAAAAAUACCAAUAUGCAAUACGCCUACGUUGUCAAGUUUUCUAACAACCAAUGCAACACUCUAACAGAUGAAAAUAUAGCGAAUGUGCUAAAUGUAGAAAAUCCAGUUUGGGAUGAGAUAUUCAAAAAUGAUCAGAUUUAUAGCGGAACAAACCUGGUAAUGGCCAAAUACAGAAACCCAAAUAAUAAUAAAAAAGAUGCAGAACAUGCUGAAUAUCGUCUCUUUUACCCUACUGGAUCUUCUACAGUUUCCCCAGUUGAAAACCUGAUGAAUACAGGAGCUAAAGCCGGAUGUGUGCUGUUUUUUACUCUGAAUUCGCCAUGUGUGGGACGCUGUGCAGUAACUAAUGGGGAAUAUAGUAUCCUAGACAAACUGAAUGUAUUGAGUAAGAUAGAUGAUAGAGCUUUAGUUUACAAUACAUUCUUUAAUUCUGACCAAAAAAGACCAGUAAAAGAGGUCUGGAAAGCUUGGGCAGCUGUUGAUAAAAUAAUACCCAUGUAUCGCUGUGACAAUAACAGCUGCAGCAGAUGCAGUGAAAAUGAUGUGAUAGCCAACACUAAACACAAUGUUUGCAAGAAAUGAUUACAAACAGCAAGUAGCAGGUUAUGGGUUCUACUAACUGCUUUUAGUAACAAGUUAGUAGAUAAUAGCUCCAGACCCUGAGUAACAGCUAAACCAGCAAACACAUACACUGAUCAUCUGGUACAAGUGUUAGUGAAGUUAUAUUAAUAGCAUUGCUUGACUAUAAAGCUUUCUUGCUUAUUUGCGCUUUGCAUUAUCACACUUGACUAUGAGUAACAUAACCUCAUAUGCAGACCAAGUAAUUAUUCCAAUCCAUUAGACAUGUUGUGCACAGUCAUUACGGUGGCUUUUUGUUGGGUUUUCGGUCUAAUCCAUUUGAAAUCCCAGUUAUCACAACUGACUUUGUACCAUGUUACUGUCCUUAAAACUCUGCACUGAGACAGUAAGACAGCGGAAGUUCAAAAUAUCAGAAAAACCUUUUCAAACAGCUUCUCACACACUUUUUGAAUUUAUCUUCAUUGAUAGCUUCAACCAUUUUGCCUGGUUCAAAAUAUCAUACCUAUAUAUUUCUUGUUUGUAUUUUUUUCAUUGUUUUCCCAGUCUAAUAAAAAAAUUAAAGCAAUGUUCAAGAAACACUAUGAAUAUGGUACACAAUUUAAAGGGACAGUAAACACCUUGUAAUUAAAAGUCAUUUCUGUUGUGUUGCUAUGAAAUAAUACACAGCCAAGUCUAAGCAUUUGUAAAACAAUUGAAUACACUUUUACUACAAUUGCUUUUGGUUAGCUAAGCCCCACCCACCAUUUGGCUUAUUUGGAGAAACCAAUCUGGGCUUUAGUCAGCAGACAACAAGGCUAACCACAGUUAAAGGGGAAGAGUAAAGUACUUUGUUUUGCAGUGGUUAUCAGUUAAAGCUUAUGAGGGAAAGCUAUGUAGCAUUGUUAGCUGUGAGAUCUCAGUACAACAGUGAAUUCCAGCAGCACUUUAGUUUUUUUAUAAAUAACUUUAUUCCAUCAUGUUUGGCUAAUGCAAUAUAUAUUUUUUUUACCACCCUUAACCCCUUCACUACCGGGAAUUUCAGAGAAGAACUUGCCUAAAAUACUGGGCAUAGCAUUUUUUCUAUGACUUUGUUUAAACAAAAAUAGAACUUCGUUUUUUUUCUUUACUUGUUAAAACUAUAUAUAUGUAUUUUAAGUAACUGAUCGUGCUCCAGUUCCAGAUGUGCACAGAUGUCUGGGGCUCAGAAACUCCAGAUUUUGGCUGUAACAUAACAGCUGAGACUGCUGGAGCUUCCUGCAGCUCAGAUUUAUAUACAUGUAAUGCGUUACCAUAGACAAUAUAUAUAUAUAUAUGUCAUUUUGGGUUAAGGGGUUAAAGUGACUAGCUAGCUCCCAGCUACUGAGACUACCUAUGUAUGCUUUUUAACAAACGACACCAAGAGAAUAAAUAAGUAAAUUAGAAUUUGUUUUUAAACUGUAUUUUCUAUCUGAAUCAUGAAAGAAUAAUGUUGGGUUUCAUCCCCUUUUAAUCAUGUUUUUUUAGGCUUAAAAAACAAACAAAAAAUAAACUAAAGUGCGGCUGGAAUUUGUUGCUGUACUGAAUGGCCUUAGACUAGGGUUGGGCAGUAACCCUUUAGUAACGUUCACAAAGAAGAAGGUGCUGUACUUUUUUUGUAUUAGUUAUGAGAAGUCUGGAGGUGCAUUUCCAGCUCUGAAAAUUAGAAUAUCCUCAUUUUUAAGAGCUAAAUGACAUGAAAAUGGAUUGAAAUAAAUAACAGAGGUUGAAAUGUGAGUUAACAGAACAGAUGUACACCCUAUAGAAAUGCUGUUCACUUACUUUAUAUAUACAGUAUAUAUAUAUAUAUAUAUAUAUAUAUAUAUAUAUAUAUACACACUCAUACUGUUAACUGAUUUCUACUGAUUUUGCUCUACUAAAAUCAAUAAAAGCUUAAACCAGCAUAAAAA